AUGUUAUGUGGUACUGAAAUUAUCCAAAAAAAACAUCCUCAACGAUUCAUUAAAAUUACUGAUUAUGCUGAUAGACUUAUCAAUGAUCUUGAUCUAGUAGAUCGACCAGAAGAAACUAAAACCCAACAAAAGUAUUGGAUAGGCAAGAAAAUAGAUUUUGCGAUUGACGGAGGAGAAAAUAAAAUAACCGUCUUUACGACUCGUCCCGAUACGGUUUUUGGUGUAACUGCGCUAGUGCUUGCUCCUGAAAACGCAUCUGUCGAUGCGUAUAUUCCUACGGAAUAUAAGUCAGCUAUUGAAGAAUAUCGCCUUGCAACCUCGAAGAAAACGAAUAUCGAAAGACAGCAAGAUGCUGAAACUAAAGAACAGGCAAAAGUAAAACAACGUGAAAAAGAUAUUAUAGAUGUGCAAUACUUAGAUAAUGGUGCCUACACAUCAAGUGGUCUCCUCAUUAAUUCACAACAAUUUGAUGUAAGUAGACAGCGUUAUUGGGGUAGUCCAAUACCUGUGUACUAUACAUUUGAUGAUCCUCAAUACAACGCCUAUAAUCCGCAUCCAGACAAAGCAAAAUGGAUUCCGCAUCUUAUUCCAGAAGAGCAACUUCCAGUCGUUCUUCCACUUGAUCUAGGUAACUACAAACCAGCAGGGAAGUCACCAUUAGCUGAUCAUCCAACAUUUCCAUACUAUAAUGCACCAGAUGGGAAUGUGUAUCUUCGUGAGUGUGAUACGUUGGAUACAUUUAUGUGUUCGUCGUUUUACUACUUACGUUUUGUUGGCCCACAAAAUGAGCGUGAGCUCAUUAGCAAGGAACUUGCUGCGAAAGCAUUGCCGGUAGAUUUUUAUAUAGGGGGAAAGGAGCAUAUUUACGGGCAUCUUCUUUAUAAUGGGCGUAAGAUGUCAAAACGUCGAGGGAAUGUGGUAACACCAGAGGAUUUAGUGAACAAAUAUGGUGCUGAGAUGGGUGCUGAUGUACUCAGAACAUAUACGAUGUUUAUUGAGGAUAUAGAGAAAUUGAAGUUUAAUACUGCUGUUUCUAAGAUGAUGGUUUUUGUAAAUCAUAUCUAUGAUGUGAAAAAGAUUAGUACGGCGCAUAUGACAAUAUUCUUGAAAUUGCUUGCUCCAUUUGCAACAAAACUCACACAACAAUUACGAGCAAAUUUAUGA